GGACAAGGGCUCCCAGUAUGGACUGGGAAGGGGUCGCGGUCUCCGUCGCGGCGUGGGAAGCGGAGGUACCGGGACGCCUGGGUCCCCAGUUCGGGUGGGAGGAUGGGAGGGGCCAGUACUGGGAUCUUCCCAGUGCCCCCCCCAGUCCCUCCCAGUAAUCCCCAGUUUUAGUCCCAUCGCUGCCUGCUUUGGCUGAGGCUGCUCCCAGUCCCCCUGGUCCCAGUUCCUCCCAGUUCCCCCCAGUACUUCCCGGUAUCCCGUUUCAGCCCCGUCGCUGCCUGUGUUUGCAGAGAGGCUGCUCCCAGUCCCUCCCAGUUCCCCCUCCAUCCCUCCCAGUCCCUCCCAGUUCCCCCUCCAUCCCUCCCAGUUCCCCCCAGUUCCCCCUCCAAGGGCCCCUCCAUCCCUCCCAGUCCCUCCCAGUUCCCCCAGUUCCCCCUCCCAGCCCCGGAGAUGACGUCCCCGCCACUUUGGGGCCCUGGGUGCUUCCGGGCGGAAGAGGCCUCUGCGAGGGACCCAGGCGUUCGGGGCGGGGGGGGGACACACACGCACACCCCCAGGCAUUCGGGGGGGGCACCCAGGCGUUCGGGGGGGGCACCCAGGAAUCCAAGGGAUGAGCCGGGGGAGUCGGGGGGGGGCCCCAGGGGCCGACAACGUUCCCUCGAGGCUGCUGCAGCAGCAGGAAAACCUGCAGCUCUUCGAGCUCCUGGGCCGGAAAUGUGUGACGGUGGCGACGGCGGUGGUGCAGCUGGUGGUGGCGGAGCCGGGGGGCUCCGGGGGGGCCUGGGCCAAGCGGGGGUGCGGCGUCGCCUGCCUGGUGCGGGACAGCCACCGCCGCUCCUACUUCAUCCGCCUCUACUGCCUGGCCGCCGGCAGCCUGUGGUGGGAGCAGGAGCUGCACGGGGAGCUGGGCUACGCCUCGGCCACGCCCUUCUUCCACACCUUCACCUCCCACGAGGGCCGGGCGGGGCUGAACUUCGCGGACGAGGGGGAGGCGGCCGCCUUCGAGGGGCUCGUCCAGGAGCGGCUGCGCCGGCGGCAGCAACGGGCGGAGAAGCGCCAGCUCCCGCCCCCUCCGCCCCCCGGUGAUGAGCGCCGCGGGAGUUUGCCCCGGCCCCCCGUCGCCCCCGUCGACGGCAGCGCUCCCUCGCUCCCGGCGGUGCCCAUCGCCAACCCUGACAUCACGGUGUCCCGCUACCGGGGGCUGCCCAGCCCCACGGGACCCACGGCGGGACCCACGGCGGGACCCACGGCGAGCCCCACAGCCGGGGAGCAGAAGAAGGGCCGCAAGAAGAUCUCCAAGGCUGACAUCGGGGCCCCCUCCGGCUUCAAGCACGUCAGUCACAUUGGCUGGGACCCCAACAACGGCUUCGAUGUGGCGGCAUUGGACCCUGCCCUGCGGGAGCUCUUCGCCCAAGCCGGCAUCAGCGAGGCGCAGCUGGCUGACGCCGAGACCUCCCGCCUCAUCCACGACUUCAUCCAGGGCCAGGGUGGGCUGCAGGCCGUGCGGGAGGAGAUGCGCCGGCAGGGUCCCCCCCCUCCUCCUCCGCCGGGCCGGGGGGGCACCCCCCCCCCCACCCCGCCCCCCCUCGCCGCCGGACCCCCCCGCAGCCGCUCGGGGCCGCUGCCCCCACCCCCGGGGGGGCCCCCGCCCCCUCCCCGCAGCGGCCCCCCCGCGGCCCCGCCCUCCCGCCCCAUCGCCCCGCCCCCGGCCCGUGGCCACGCCCCCCCGGGGGCCCUGGCGGCCCCGCCUCCUCCCCCCCCGCCCCCCCCGCCACCGCCCCCCCCCGGCCCCGGCCCCGGCCCCGCCGCCCCCCCCACGGGCCGGGGGGCUCUGCUGGACCAGAUCCGCCAGGGCGUGACCCUCAACAAGACCCCCGAGCUCCCCGAGGGCGGCGGCAGCGGCGGCGGCGGCGGCCCCAGCGCGGGGGGGCUGGUGGGGGCCCUGAUGGACGUCAUGCAGAAGCGCAGCAGAGUCAUCCACUCCUCGGACGAGGCCGAGGACGGCGAGGAGGAAGACGAGGACGACGAGUGGGACGACUGAGCCCCCCCCCAGCCCCGUGUCCCUCCCCCCAAAAUGUGGGGGGGUCCCCCCUGCCCAGCCCCCCCCCUCCCCAUCCCCGCCCCACGCAAAUAAAGCCCACGAGA